ACACCCUCUCCUCACCAACUACUCUUUUGGCCAAAACCCCCGCCUUUGCUGAGGCCCCACACUCACACCCUCCAUUGUCCUUGUGAACUGGAGCAGGGACCCUCCCCUGUUCCACUGUAGAUUAUAUAUGGCAAUAAAAAGGCCCCAUUUUUAGCCCCCUCACACACAACCCCCCACCCUAUCAUAAGAAUAAGAACAGGGCCAAAGCGCCCCGGCUCACAGAAGAGCCACAGAGACACUUGCGUGUGGGGCUUGUCCUCUUCUUUGCUUGGGGAUGGUGAAGAGGAGAACAAGCCAUUUCUUCUGAGUGUGGAGGCUUUGUUUAUUGUGGAUAUACGCAUCCUCUGUUUCUUUUCUUUUCUCCCUUCGUUUUGUAUUCUUAUUAUUUUAUCCUCUUUGCUUUGGGUUGGAGGGGGGGGGGGUUAGAUAAUGGCCUUGGCAUUAAGAUAGAUUUCUUUGCAUCGUUCACCUCCUCUCCAGAGGAGCCCAUGAAUGGGGACUUGGUUUCCUUCAUCAUCACUGUUUGAUCCACAAGAGGUUGAGGUUGAGAUCCAGUGAUUUGAGCUCUCAUUUUGCAGAUUCCUCAAAUAUUGCUCGGUUUGUGAUCCCCUCCCUUGUUUUUUGUUCCAGUUUGGAUCUUUUGGGUGUUUUUUUUGGCAUAGGGAGAUGGAUCUAUGAAGCAGGGGAAGCAGAAGCUGAAAGGUCCUCCUUUUUUUUCUUUCUCCUUUUUCUUUUUAAAUCUCUGGGUUGGAUUUUAGCUCCUCUUGAUUGGUUUGUGGUUCAGUCACUGUGUUAGAUUUGUAGGCUAAAAAGGAGGAUCUUUUAAUCCUUUUGCUGUGUUGGUCUUGCUCAUGAAACUAUUCACCCCACAUCCAUCAUAUAUCCAUCCUAUUUCUCCUUUUUUUUAGCCUUUGAAAUAGUGGGCUUCUCAUGCCCUUCUUUAAGAUAGAAGCAACUGUUUGAGAAGAAGAACCUUUUCUUGCAUUGAAGGCCACAGUUCAAUCCAACUCCUCUCUCUCUCUCUCUCUCUCUCUCUCUCUCUCUCUCUCCCCCUUAAUUUUGAUGGUAUUUUGGUGGGAUUUUCCCAAGUUCCCCAUGACUUGGUUCAUUGAUGCUGAGGUAAUGGAGGAAAAGGCUAGAUUACUUAGAAACAAGAGAAACCUCUCAUUUAGGUGUUGGAGGAAUCAUCUCUACAGCCAUUACUUUGGGUCUAAGAAGGUGAGGGAAACAUGGUGGAGGAAGCUUCUCCUCUUGUGGGUUGUGGGUUGGGUGUUGUGUUCCUUGUGGAUCUUCAUGUUCAUGAGCUCCCAUGCUAAUGAGAAGAGGAGAGAAACCCUAGCCAACAUGUGCGACGAGCGCGCGCGGAUGCUCCAGGACCAGUUCAAUGUGAGCAUGAACCAUCUUCAAGCCCUUGCAAUCCUCGUCUCUACCUUCCACCAUUCCAAACAUCCCUCUGCAGUUGAUCAGAUGACUUUCGCGAGAUAUGCCGAUAGGACGGCUUUCGAGAGGCCACUGACGAGCGGAGUAGCUUAUGCCGUGAAGGUGUUGCGUUCUGAGAGGGAGCAAUUUGAGAAGCAACAAGGGUGGACUAUAAAGAAGAUGUACUCGUCAAAGCAAUCCCCCAACCGCGAAAAUGGCAGGGUUCGUGAGAUCCAAGAGAUAUCGCCCCCUGCCGAGGAGUAUGCUCCUGUUAUUUUUGCUCAAGACGCCUACAAACAUGUGGUUUCUUUGGAUAUGUUGACCGGAAAGGAAGAUCGCGAGAACAUAUUACGAGCUAGAGAAUCGGGUAAAGGUGUCUUAACUGCUCCUCUACAACUAGUAAAAUCGAACCGCUUAGGGGUCAUUCUUACAUAUGCAGUGUACAAAUCCGAUCUUCCUUCCAAUGCGACUCCAACGGAACGUAUUCAAGCCGCCAUAGGGUACUUAGGUGGUAUUUUCGACAUUGAAUCGUUGGUCGAUAAGUUGCUUCACCAACUUGCGUGUAAUCAAUCCAUCAUAGUCGAUGUGUAUGAUACUACCAACGGGAAGAUCAGCAUGUAUGGUUCGAAUGAGACCGCUAGUGGUUUAUAUCAUAAAAGCAUGCUUAACUUUGGCGAUCCAUUAAGAAAGCACGAGAUGCAUUGCAGGUUCAAGCAAAAGCCGCCCUUGCCAUGGCUCGGAAUAACAACAUCAAUCGGAGCUCUUGUCAUUGCAUUGCUCAUCGGUUACAUAUUCCACGCCACGGUCAACCGCAUUGUGAAAGUUGAAGACGAUUAUCGCGAGAUGAUGGAGCUCAAGAAACGGGCAGAGGCGGCCGACGUUGCGAAAUCCCAGUUCUUGGCAACUGUUUCUCACGAGAUCAGGACUCCGAUGAAUGGCGUUCUAGGGAUGCUACAAAUGCUUACGGAUACGAAUUUGGACAUAACUCAACAAGAUUAUGUGAGAACAGCCCAAGCUAGCGGAAAAGCUUUGGUGUCACUGAUCAAUGAGGUCCUUGAUCAGGCAAAGAUCGAAUCAGGUAAGCUCGAGCUCGAGGCAGUCCCGUUUGAUCUGCGGGCCGUUUUGGAUGACAUCCUGUCACUCUUCUGCGGAAAGGCCCAAGAGAAAGAAUUAGAGUUGGCUGCGUUCGUCUCCGAGCAAGUUCCGGAAACUCUCAUCGGUGACCCGGGAAGAAUUAGGCAAAUCAUCACAAAUCUAAUCGGAAAUUCAAUCAAAUUCACGGAAAAAGGGCACAUAUACUUGACGGUUCAUCUUGUCGAAGAGGUAAUGAUCCCAUUAGAAGUGGAAACAGAAGCUCAACCGAUGAGCACCGUAAGUGGCUUUCCGGUGGCAGAUAGAAGGAAAAGCUGGGAGAGGUUUAAGAUAUUCAAUAAAGAGUUUUCUACGUUGGAGAAGCCUUUCCCGGCCACCUCUCCUGACCAAAUAAACCUCAUCAUCUCCGUUGAGGACACCGGAGCGGGGAUCCCUUUUGAAGCCCAAUCUCGCGUAUUCACCCCAUUUAUGCAAGUAGGCCCCUCGAUUUCUCGUAUACACGGAGGAACCGGGAUUGGGCUUAGCAUCAGCAAAUGCUUGGUUAAUCUCAUGAAGGGAGAGAUCGGAUUUGCAAGUAAACCUCAAGUGGGCUCUACUUUCACAUUCACGGCUGUACUUUCGAGAGCUAAGACGAAUUCAACCGAGUAUAAAUCGUUUGAGUUCCGAGGGUUAACUGCAUUAGUGGUCGAUCACAGGCCGGCUCGUGCAAAGGUUACCAAGUACCACCUUGAAAGGCUCGGUAUGCAUGUCGACUUCUCCACGAACUUCAGUCUAGUCCUUCCGAAAAUAACAAGCGGUAAUUUGGGUUUGAAAAUAGUGCUUGUCGACAAGGAAACGUGGUUAAAGGAGUCGAGUCAGUGGCCUAUUUUUAUGAACAAAUUGAGGAUAGGAGGGCAAUUAGACAUUCCGAAACUGUUUAUAUUGGCGAAUUCUUCGAGCCCGAUAAAGAGUAGCUCGCUUAGUAGUAAUGGGAAAAAGGCGAUCGCGCUGCUGACUCCGCCGCACGAUUUUGAUGCUUGUUUCAUGGAUAUUCAAAUGCCAGAGAUGGAUGGAUUUGAAGCUACAAGGAGAAUAAGGGAGAUGGAAACUACUCUUAAUGAUCGGAUACAACACAAAGAAGUUUCGUUAGAAGCUUGUGGGAAUAAAUUGCACUGGCACAUUCCUAUAUUGGCCAUGACGGCGGAUGUGAUCCAGGCCACACACGAGGAGUGCUUACGCUGUGGAAUGGAUGGCUAUGUGUCGAAGCCGUUCGAAGGAGAACAGUUGUACAGAGAAGUCGCUCGCUUUUUCAAUAUCACGGUGAAAAAUUAAGUCAGUAGAUUAUAUACAUGCUGAAAGCAUGUUGGCGGGAGAUUCGUCUAUUGCAUCUUUGCCGAUCUGGUUGUAUAUACAACUUUUUCAAAAGGGAUCAAUUUCCGGGACGAGAAGUACUUUUUUUUUUUUCCUGCUUGCUAUCUUACUCAGCAAGUACACUAGAUGCAGUACAAUAUCACAAAAUUACGAAAUCUCAACAGACCGAAAUCAACAGUUGCAAGAUUCGCUGGAAGCGCUUUUUCAAGGAGACAAAUUUAGAUCUCAUCACCGAUAUCGCGACCUUGUAAAUCCUUUUUUUGGUUUUCAGUAGCAAUAUAUGUGAGUGUACAGAGAGUGCAAUCAUUUUUUUUUUCCCCACCCUUUAUUUGUUGAAAUGUGAGAUAAAUAGUCGUUCUUCGAUCAACAAAGAAGAAAUUGAUGGAUGUAAGUUAUUAGUGAUUUAUAUAAUGAAAUAGAGGAAAACAGUUUAUCCCCACCAUCCUUCUAUGUCAA